AUGCCCUUUUCUGACUUCAUCUUAGGACUGAAGGACAACCAGUACUUUGGGGCUGGGUUUGGCCUCGUUGGGGUGGGCACAGCCCUGGCGUUAGCCCGGAAAGGGGCCCAGUUUGGGCUGGUGGCUUUUAGGCGCCAUUAUAUGAUCACCUUGGAGGUGCCCAGCAAGGAUAAGAGCUACAGCUGGCUGCUGAACUGGAUCUCCCACCACGCUAAGCACACACAGCACCUCAGCGUUGAGACAUCGUACCUGCAGCACGAAAGCGGGCGUGUCAGCACCAAGUUCGACUUUGUCCCCAGCCCUGGGAACCACUUCAUCUGGUAUCGCAGGAAGUGGAUUCGCAUCGAGCGGAACCGGGAGCAGAUGAUCGACCUGCACACGGGGACCCCCUGGGAGUCCGUCACCUUCACUGCGCUGGGCACCGACCGGGAGAUCUUCUUCAACAUCCUCCAGGAAGCCCGGGAGCUGGCGCUGCGGCAGCAGGAGGGAGGCACCAUCAUGUACACGGCCAUGGGGGCGGAGUGGCGGAAGUUCGGGUUCCCCCGCCGCCGCCGGCCUCUCGGCUCCGUGGUGCUUGAGGAAGGCGUGUCGGAGAGGCUGGUCCGGGACGUGAAGGAGUUCAUCGACAACCCCAAGUGGUACAGCGAGAGAGGUAUCCCCUACCGAAGAGGCUACCUGCUCUAUGGUCCUCCUGGCUGUGGGAAAAGCAGCUUCAUCACAGCACUGGCCGGGGAGCUGCAGUACAGCAUCUGCCUGCUCAGCCUCAGCGACCGCAGCCUCUCUGACGACCGGCUCAAUCACCUCCUGAGCGUGGCCCCGCAGCAGAGCAUCAUCCUGCUGGAGGACGUGGACGCUGCCUUCCUCAGCCGGGACCUCGCUGCCGAGAACCCAGCUGUGUACCAGGGCAUGGGGCACCUGACCUUCAGCGGCCUCCUCAAUGCACUGGAUGGCGUGGCCUCGUCAGAGGCUAGGAUUGUCUUCAUGACCACCAACUACGUGGACAGGCUGGACCCGGCCCUGGUGCGCCCCGGCCGCGUGGAUCUGAAGCAGUACGUGGGCCACUGCUCCCGCUGGCAGCUUGCCCGCAUGUUCCAGCGCUUCUACCCCGAGCAGCCCGCGGCUGCGGCCGAGCGCUUUGCCGAGCAGGCGCUGGGGGUCUCCCAGCAGAUCAGCGCUGCCCAGGUGCAGGGACACUUCAUGCUCUACAAGACGGACCCCGAAGGAGCCAUUUCAAACGUGCGCUCCAUCCUGCUGUGA